AAAGACAUGGAUGAAAAUGAAAUUAACCAAUCCUCAAUGACAAGCAGCCAAUAUCCCAAAGAAGCAGUAAAAAAACGCCAAAAUUCAGCACGGAAUUCAGGAGGAAGUGAUUCAUCUAGGUUUUCCAGAAAAAGCUUCAAAUUAGAUUACAGACUAGAGGAAGAUGUAACUAAAUCGAAGAAAGGAAAAGAUGGGAGAUUUGUUAACCCAUGGCCAACAUGGAAAAAUAUCUCUAUUCCGAAUAUUCUCAGAUGGGUGAUAAUGGAGAAAGAUCACAGUGGUGUUCCAGGUUCCAAAGAGGAACUUGACAAAGAGCUCCCAGUGCUUAAACCAUAUUUUGUGAAUGACCCUGAAGAAGCAGGAAUGAGGGAGGCUGGCUUAAGAGUCACAUGGCUGGGACAUGCAACACUGAUGGUGGAAAUGGAUGAGCUCAUAUUUCUUACAGAUCCUAUCUUUAGUUCUCGUGCUUCUCCAUCACAGUACAUGGGUCCAAAGCGAUUUCGUCGUCCUCCGUGCACGAUAAGCGAACUCCCCUCAAUAGAUGCAGUCCUUAUCAGUCACAACCACUAUGACCACCUGGACUACAGUACUGUCAUCACCUUGAAUGAACGAUUUGGUAACGAGUUGAGGUGGUUUGUGCCAUUGGGUCUCCUUGACUGGAUGCAAAAAUGUGGCUGUGAGAACGUGAUUGAGCUGGACUGGUGGGAGGAGAAUUGUGUCCCUGGUCAUGAUAAAGUCACUUUUGUCUUUACACCUUCCCAGCACUGGUGUAAAAGGACCCUAAUAGAUGAUAACAAGGUUCUGUGGGGCAGCUGGUCUGUCUUGGGGCCUUGGAAUCGAUUUUUCUUUGCAGGAGAUACUGGCUAUUGCCCUGCUUUUGAAGAGAUAGGGAAGAGAUUUGGACCUUUUGACCUUGCAGCUAUUCCUAUUGGUGCUUAUGAACCAAGGUGGUUUAUGAAAUACCAACAUGUCAACCCAGAAGAUGCUGUAAGGAUUCACAUUGAUGUUCAAGCAAAGAAAUCUGUGGCAAUUCAUUGGGGAACUUUUGCCUUAGCAAACGAGCAUUACUUAGAGCCUCCUGUGAAACUGCGUGAAGCUCUAGAAAGAUAUGGACUUCAGACUGAAGAUUUUUUUGUCCUGAAGCAUGGAGAAUCAAGAUACUUAAAUACAGAUGAUAAAACUUUGAAUAAAUAGGAAAAUAGAUGAAUUUUAUUGGAAAGGUAUCAGUUGGAUAAUUUUGAAAACAAAAUGACUAAGAAAUUCAUGAAUAUUAUGACUUUUUAUGUUUGGAAACAACCUCUUCAUGUAUGGUGUAUGUUUUGUAUAUAAGUUGCUUACAAAUAUGAUGAACAGCUUUAUAUAAACUAUGAAAGAUUUUAGGGGUGGAAUUAUUAUUUUGGCAAUGUAGAUUUGAGAAAUCUUAUAUCAAUGAUAUAAGUAUUAUAAUAGAUAUUCACUUUUUACUAAAACAUUAUACUUUAGUGGUAGAAUUUUUCCAGGUUAUAAAGUAUUAAAUGUUUGUUUUCCUUUCUUUAGGGUCUUAUAGAAGAUGUCAGGUUGUCUAUCUUCCUAGAUUUUUUUCAGAGGUCUUCAUCCCUACCUCUUUCUUACAUUUAUGUUAUAGCAAAUGAUAAAAUUAACUCUUAUGUGCUUAUAAACCUGGCAGUUCUUGCUUACUGAAGAUGACCUUGUAGGCUUUAUAGUGACACACAAGUAUAAUCUCAGCACUAGGGAGGCCUAGGCAGAAGAAUUCAAGAGCAAUCUGAGCUACAUGGAGCAAUUUUAUCUAAAAAAAGAAAAAAAGACUGUAUGUUAAAUAUUAAGUGACUUAUUGUUAAGCACUAAAAAUAUGCAUUUGGGCUAAGUUAUAUUUAAGGACAAUUUUUUAUUGUGGUAAAAUGUAUUACGUAAAAUUUUAGCAAAGUAGAAAAUGUGUACAGCUUUUUGGUGAUAUUGUAUUUACAACUUGUACAAACAUGAACACCAUAAACUUAAAGUUUUAAGAAAGAAUAUUCUACUACCCAUCCAUAGUGCCCAAAUUAAAAUUCACUGAUAUGGGCAAGGAAAGGAAAGAGCGUAAUUGAUGACAUUCUCUAAUUUUAGUCUGAAAAUCAGACUUUGUGUUAAACACAAGUAUAGCUAAAACGAAAUAUUUUUCAGAGGAGCUAUAGAUCCUAAAUAUGAAUGGAAUCAUACGUUUUGAAUUGUUUUUCUCUUCUCGGUAUAUACUCUUUUUUUGGUGUUUAAGGUAUAAUUCACUAUGACAGUUAGAAUUAUAUUUUGUUUUACAUGAUUCAGAUGUCAUAUUUUUGUAUUAAAUGACCUUUAAAUACGAUUGUACCUUGUAUUAAAGCCCAUACGAAAUGCUAGUAGCAAGGAGAGCACCUGACCCCAACUGAGCUUUGGUCUUCGGUUCUGCAUUCAGUUGUUUGCUCUGAAGCUGCUUAAGGAGCAAAAUGCAUAUGAUAGUUUUGGAGGCCCUUCUAUGUUUCUGGUGCUUAUACACCAGUGAAAUCAACUCCAUAUAUCUAAUCUAUCACAGUCAAGAUAGUUUUUCUAUACCAAAUGCCAUCCAGGCAGUGCUCAAUUUACACCUAUGUAUGCAUGCCACAUGUUAGCUAUUAAAUAUGAAUUUUAAUCCUUCCAUUAUUUCAUCCUGCAUUUUCUGUUUAACUCGAAACAAAGUCACCUGUGCUCACUGUGCCUCAGUUUCCUCAUGUGCAACAAGAGGAUAAUUUUGACCUACCUCCAGAAUAUGUGUAAAUAAUAAAGGGAUGUUUUAAAAGCACGUUAGAAAUUUAAGGGAUAAAAAUGAUUUCUUAAGAUACCACUGCCUAAAAUAGGUAAGUACAUUUACAAAUCUAGAAGCAGGCUUAAUACUUUUUGAUAGUUUUGCUCCUGUUGCAGAUUUACGAAUACACAAUAGUAUACAAAAACAUCAAACACUAAUAGUCCCAUUCCACUCAUUUUGUAGAAUUUGGAUAGUAGUAGUCGAGAUCUUUAUCACAAUUUAGCAUUUUUUAUUUAAAAAAGUUCAAAUCACUUAAGGGAACAGAGUUGUUAAUAGAUAUGCAUAUGUAAUGUAGGUGAAUGUGUGUGCUUUGGGGGCACUAAAAGCACAAUUUUCCCCAUAAAGUAAAAUAAACAGAAAAACACUGAACAAGCACUAACUUUUUUCUUUUCUUUUUUCUUGUCGGUCGU